GAGUGUCUCAAGUCAUUUGUAGUUUUACACAAUGAAGGUUGUUACCUGGAAUAUAAACGGCAUCAGGACUUUCAGAAACGGCAUAAAAAGGGCUCUUGAUUCACUGGAUGCAGAUAUCAUCUGUGUUCAGGAGACGAAAGUGACAAGAGACCUGCUGGAUGAAAGGACUGCUAUUGUUGACGGCUACAACUCCUAUUUCAGCUACAGCAGAGGACGCAGCGGCUACUCAGGGGUCGCCACUUACUGUAAGGACAGCUCCACUCCAUUUGCUGCUGAGGAGGGUCUCACAGGUCUGCUGACCAACCAUGAAGGGGCUGUUGGAUGCUACGGUGACCACACAGAGUUUUCAAGCGAGGAGCUGCAGCUUUUGGACAAUGAAGGGCGAGCCGUUAUCACACAACACAAAGUCAUGUGUCAGGACAAAGAGCAAACUCUUACUGUAAUAAAUGUGUACUGUCCACGGGCCGACCCCGAAAAGCCGGAGCGAAAGCAGUUCAAACUACAGUUCUACAAGUUGCUUCAGUGUCGGGCUGAAGCCUUACUUAAAGAUAAGAGCCAUGUGAUUGUUUUAGGAGACAUAAACACAUCUCAUCGACAGAUAGACCACUGUGACCCCAGUGAUGCUGAUGAUUUUGGUGAAAACCCAGGGAGGAAAUGGCUGAAUAGCUUCUUGCACAGUGUCAGACAAGAAGAGGACAGCGAUGAAGAGGAACCUGAUGAAGAACCUGAGGUAACAGAUCCCAUCAGUAGUGGAAAAUUCGUGGAUACCUUUCGCUAUUUCCACCCAUCUCGCACAAACGCCUUCACAUGCUGGUCCACUCUGACUGGAGCACGGCAGACCAACUAUGGCACACGCAUUGACUACAUAUUUGCCGAUUGCCAGCUUGCCAAAGAGCAGUUUGUGGCAGCAGACAUCAUGCCAGAGGUGGAGGGGUCAGACCACUGCCCUGUGUGGGGGCAACUGAGCUGCUCUCUCCUUCCCAGCUCCAAGCCUCCUCCACUCUGUACUCGCUACUUGCCCGAGUUUGCUGGCAAACAGCAGAAACUCUCACGCUUUCUUGUUAAGGUGGACCAAAAGUGGGCUGAGUCUGAACAGAAACAAAAUUUACCUGCCUCUCAAGAAGAGGAGGAAAGGAGGGAGAAUUUAAACCCGGUCGGAGCUGGAAACAAUGCUAGUAAAAAGCGGUUAUUAACAUCAGACUCUGUCCUACCAAAGGGGAAAAAAACAAAGACUGCAAAUACUUCUUCAAAGCCACAGGGCAACCUCCUUUCCUUUUUCAAACCCAAGCUCACAAAUGUCAGGCAAUGUGAAAAACCAACUGGGGAUGAAGUUCCCUCAUCACUCAGCGACCAAAAAUCACCCACAACUAGAGAGGAGUCAUCGGUCACAGGCACUGUAGCUGCUGAUACUGAGCAAGCCUUCGACACAACAGUGGAAACUGACAAACAGGUUAAAACAAAACAUUUAACCCCUCAGCGCACUGUGGGCCACUCAGAAGCCAAGAAAGGGGCAUCAUCAGUGUUUUGGAAGUCUGUGCUCCAUGGACCGCCCCCACCACCCAGCUGUAAAGUCCACAGGGAACCUUGUGUGCUUCGUACUGUGAAAAAAGAGGGGCCAAACAUGGGCAAACAGUUUUUCGUGUGUGCUCGUCCUCAGGGACACGCCUCCAACCCUGAGGCUCGGUGUAAUUUUUUUGCGUGGGUCGACAAGGGGAAGUGACAUGUUUACUGUACAGACCACAAGUUCUCUCAGUAAAACCUCUCGUUCAAGCAAGUAUUACGGCACCAUUGAUGUCGUGUUUUUAAUGGUUCACUGUUCUUAGCUUUAUAAUAAAAGAUAAUAGUUUUGUAUUCAUUUGAGUUUGAUUUUAUUUUUUCCUGAAGCUGAAACAGUUAGAAAAUAGAUUAAUUAUUCAAAGGGAAAAUAAAUCUGUUUUGAUUAACCAGUUUUGAUAAUAAUUUUUCACAAGAAAUGAUCAAUAUCUUCAGAAUGCAGCUUCUCAAAUGUGAGAGUUUCCAACUUUUGUCUGUUUUUUUUUGUCAUGGAAAAUAAAUUGCCUACAGGUU